AAUCUGUUAAUUUAAGGCAAACAGCCAGACAGUCACCUUAAAAGGUAGGCUUUCUCCCACGUUGUAUCCUCUUAAAGCCGGAUUUGCUUUCUAUUUACUGAACUAUCCACCUGCUUUUUUUAGGCAUGGCACUGGAUGAGGACAAUCAGGAUUGAAAAUAAACAGUUUGAUUAGCGGAAAGCCGUGCAUUCCCUGUCCAUGUCACUGGGAGUCGCCACGCGGGGGAGGGACUUCGCCACAGAUGGACAAUGCGCGUGUUUGUGCAGCGGCCCCGGAGUGUCGGAUCUCCGGCGCUUGACUACGGCUUCUGUACACAUUACCAGCGCAUUGACGGCUCGAUAAAACCGGUCACUGCACCGACAGAGGAAGGGUGUGAAGGUUGGCACUCUCAGUCGGGACUCUACCCCGGUGGGCUGUGGAACGAUUUGUGCUGACACCUUUUUUGUAGCAGAAAGAACAGGAUUGGAGGAAAUCAGCUGAAGUUUGGCCAAAAUGGCCGAAAAGAAACUGAGCCUCCCUGCUAAGCUGAUUAAUGGUGGCGUGGCUGGACUGGUGGGCGUGACCUGUGUGUUUCCCAUUGAUCUUGCUAAGACCCGCCUACAAAACCAGCAGGGAGCUCGUGUUUAUAGUGGAAUGCUGGACUGUUUGGCAAAGACGAUCAAAAUGGAGGGCUACUUUGGCAUGUAUCGAGGUGCAGCUGUGAAUCUCACACUUGUAACUCCAGAGAAAGCCAUCAAACUGGCUGCCAACGACGUCUUCAGGCAGAAGCUCUCCAAAGAUGGAAAAUUACCUCUCUGGGGGGAGAUCCUUGCAGGCUGUGGGGCAGGAACCUGUCAGGUGGUAGUCACCACCCCCAUGGAAAUGCUAAAAAUACAACUGCAGGAUGCUGGCAGGCUGGCUGCUCAGCGGACUGUCGCUGCCUCUGCCCCUGCCUCCGGUCCGACCCCCUCCUUGGUUGCCUCGCAGACCGCACAUCCAGGCACCAGUGCACCACCUCGCCGUUCAGCAACCCGGAUCACAGUGGAGCUUCUAAAGACCCGAGGCCUCCGGGGGCUUUAUAAGGGUGCAGGUGCUACGCUGAUGAGGGACGUCCCGUUCUCCAUGAUCUACUUCCCUCUGUUUGCCAACCUCAAUGCUGUGGGCCGGGCAGAGGAUUGUAAAGCCCAGGAGCGGGCACCGUUCCUGCAGUCUUUUAUGGCCGGCUGCAUGGCAGGCUCAGUGGCGGCGGUCGCUGUCACUCCUCUGGACGUUAUAAAGACUCGUCUACAAACAUUACAGAAAGGAGAAGGAGAAGACUCAUACAGAGGCAUCAUUGACUGCGCACAGCGCAUUUUAAAGCGUGAAGGGCCCUCAGCGUUCCUCAAGGGAGCGACGUGUCGAGCGCUGGUCAUCGCUCCACUUUUUGGCAUUGCUCAAGGGGUCUAUUUUCUGGGCGUUGGCGAACACCUGAUUGGGCUACUGGGAUAGCGGCUGAUGAUGUCAUACAGUACUGUUUCUACAUGGGCCAAGACAUGAAGAAGGAAACAUUGAUUUAUUGAAAUGGUAAAUACGAAGAGAAAUCCACACACCAACCAAAGGACUUUCAGCAACUUUGGGAGAAACACAAGAAAGUUGUGAAACGCAAAUCCAUUUGUGUAACAUAAAUACACACUAAACUUAUCAAACUAAGUACCUAAACUGUAAACAGGGUUCUUUAGGUAAAACUGGAAGGUUUUUUUGGCCAAUGUUGAAUUAAUGUAGCUUUUGUGUCUAAAGCCCAUAGUUCCAAUCGGUUUUAAACCAACAUUAUUAGUGAUGAUUCAGUCUUAAGUUGUGAACAGGGUCAAUGUGUAUUUAGAUGCGAAAAGAAGACUUGAAGUUUAAUUGACUCUGAAUCUUUUAAAUUUGGCAAGUAACAGAUUUAAACAGUAAAAACAAAAACAAUUGCUGAAAUGUUUUUUAAAACAGAUUUUAUUAGCCUUAAUCCAAUACUAUUCAUAAUGAUUCAUUUAUUUGUUGUGAUCAAGAAUCACAUACAUUUAGAUUGCUGUAAUUUAAUUUCUAAAUGUCUUUGAAAACACAAUUAAGAUCAAUUUUGAACCAACAUGAUUUCCAAAGGAUUCUUUUAUCCUUCAUGAAAAAGGUCUGUGUGGAUUUGCACUGCAGAAAAUGACUUGAAUCAAGGUUGAGAUAAAUCUGAAUCUUUUACAUGUAGGUUUUUGCUCUCUUCCAUUGAAUCAGACCCUUAAACAGCAAUUAUAUGCAGAAAUGUCUUUUAAAGCCUUUAGGUUUAAUCAGUUUUAAACCAGCAUGAUUCAGGAGGAUUGAUUCAUCGGUAAUAAAAAGGAUCAAUGUGUGUUUAGAUUGCACAAAAAGACUUGAAUCAAAGUUGAAGCGAAACUGAAUCUUCUUACUUUUGUCUCUCUCUCUCAUUAAAUCAGCAACAACUCUUUAACUUAAAGUCAAUCGACAAAAUUAGUUUUGAACCAAAAUUAUUCAAAAUAAUAAUUUUACAGAGAACUGAAUCAAAGCUGAAUCUGAAAGUUCUAAUUGUAUCUUUUAGCAUCUACAAUUGAUUCCAACACUAAAAAAACUAAACAAAAUAAAAUUCAAUGUCUUUAAAUCUAUAAUUAUAUUUUGAAACCAACAAGAUUCAUCAUUAUUGAUUUGUCUGUUAUGAACGGUCAAUGUGCAUUUAGAUGAUCUUGAAUCAAAAUGAAUCUGAAUCUACUAAAUCUCUGUUUUGCCAUUAAAUCAAACCCUUUAAAGGGCAACAGCAUAUAUACAGAGAUAUCUUUAAAGCCAAUCGAUACAAUCAGUUUUAAACCAGAAUGAUUCAAAAUGAUUCAUUAAUGCACAGAAAAGACUCAAUUAGCACUAUAGCACUGAGCAGUAUAGAGUCCCCUUCACUAUACUGGGGUGUUAGGACCUACACAGACCGCAGGUAAAGCACCCCCUGUUGGCCUCACUAACUCCACUUCCGACAGCAAUCUAGCUUUCCCAGUUGGUCUCCCAAUUAGGCUAUGAUCGGGUGUAGCCCUGCUCAGCUUCAGUGGGCCACCAUUUUAGCAUUUAUAGUUGAUUUCAAAACAACAACAAACAAAUAAAGUCUUUAAACCUACAGCAUAGUUCUGCUCAAUUUAAAACCAACAUGAUUUAUGAUUAUUAAAUAUUGUCUGUUAUGAACAGGGUCAAUGCGCACUUAGAUGAGCUUGAAUCGAAACGAAUCUGAAUCUACUAAAUCUGUGUUUUGCCAUUGAAUCAGACCCUUUAAAGAGCAAAAAAAAAAAAAAAAAAACAUAUUGACAUGUAGCCAAUCGAUACAAUCAGUUUUACCAAAAUGAUUCACUUAUUGAUGAACAGGGUCAAUGUGCACAGGGUCAAUGUGCAUUUGGAUGGCAAAAAAAAUCUAAGUUUAGAAGGAUCUGAAUCUUCUAAAUGUAUGUUUUGUCACUCUACUGCAUUUAAUCUGCAAAAAAUAAA